AUGGCAACAAAACAACCGAAUCGUCCAAAACGAAAUACACAAGUACCAAACGUUUAUACUCCUGAUGAGUCAUUUCUCUGCUUACUGAACAGUAGCAAUACCAAUGAAUACAUUGCAGUAGAAAAAACAGUUCCAUUUAGAAUUACUGGUAAAACUGCUAUGAUAAAAACAGGAGAAACAACAACAAUGUACAUGAUUAUUGCGCGUGAAGUUGAUCGACCAAAUAAUUAUCACCAAAAUAUGACUCGGUCAAAUUAUGAACUUGAUUUAACAGAUGCAGCACAACAUGAACCUGUACAACAAUUGACUUGUGAUACACUACCACGUAAUAGUAGGACGAAAGGUGAUAGCUUUGCUACACAAUCAACAACGAAUAAAAGAUGUUUUAAUCUUGAAGAAUACGACGAAAACGAUGAAGAAGAGCAAGAAGCACGUUCAGCUCACUUUGCUCGUCAGGCUUCCUUAAGGAAAAUAAUGCGACGUGCUCCUGAUCGUGCAACGAAAGAGGAAAGUCGUUCAUCGUCAGUUAGUUCCAUUUUCACUAAUAGUGCCAGUUCACACUCAACGUAUUCGACUAGUUUGAGUAACGAUGUUCUUCAUGAUCUAACAACAAGUAUCAAAGGAUCUAUAAACGAACUCGGACAGAAGAUGAUGUCAAUGGCUAAACAAACACGAGAUUUGAUUGUUAAAAAACAAGCUGAUUAUGAAGUUGAUCUAAACGGUACAUAUUUACAAGAAAUAGUGAGUAAAUGA